AACGCUGUAUUCGUAAAUCUUCAAAAGAUGGAGAGUCGAGUCGACUCCUUUGAGAUAAAAUAAAAAUUAAACAAUAAUUAUUAAAUUCGUAGAAACCUUUUCGUUUAAUUAAUAGUUUUUUAAGAGCACCAUGUGGCUAAUUUGGCGUUAGGUUAUUGAUUUUUAUGGUGAUGAUAGCUAAUACUUUCACGUCAACCAAUAGCAUUUCGGUGGUUCUCCGUUGAAUAUUUUUUUAAAACACUUUUGCCUGUUCCGUGAAACACAAUUUGGGAUAAUUUAAAACGAAAUGUAUACUAAAGGCAAAGGAUCUGCAGUACCAUCAGAUGCACAAGCCCGAGAGAAAUUAGCGUUAUACGUAUAUGAAUAUUUACUACAUAUCGGAGCACAAAAGGCAGCACAAACAUUCCUAACUGAAAUAAGAUGGGAGAAAAAUAUAUCGCUGGGCGAGCCUCCUGGUUUUCUACAUUCGUGGUGGUGUGUGUUUUGGGAUUUAUAUUGUGCAGCCCCUGAAAGAAGGGAAACUUGUGAACAUUCUAGUGAAGCUAAAGCAUUUCAUGACUACGGAUUCGUCAAUUCCGGUUACGGUGUCAAUGGAAUCGGACACAAUGCUGGUCCGGCUCCCAGUCCUAUUGGUCAAAUGCCUCCAAACGACGGAAUGUCGGGAGGAGCAAUGCCUCCGGGCUUUUUCCCACCUUUCAUGGGUGGUCCUCGUUAUCCUCCUGGUCCUAGGCCUGGCGUUAGAAUGCCACAAAUGGGAGGAGAUUUCAACGGACGUAAUUCAUUGCAGCCUCCUGGACAACCUAUGAUGCCAAAUACAAUGGACCCAUCGAGACAAGGUGAAGGCAACGAGUAUGUAGGUUGGCAAGGUCCACCAAGUAUGAAUCCAAUGGGUCCUCGAAUGAAUCCUCCACGAGGUCCAGGUAUGGGCCCGAUGGGUCCUGGUUCUUAUGGCCCGAUGCGAGGCCCUCCACCAAACAGUAGCGGCCCUGGUGGACCAGGUCCUAAUCCUGGAAUGUCGCCUAUGUCUAUGGCUGGACCAAGCGGUGGAAGACCAACAUGGCAACCGAAUACGUCAACGCCAAUGAGUUAUUCGUCAUCGUCACCAGGAACGUAUGGAGGACCACCUGGUUCAGGAGGACCGGCCGGACCUGGAACGCCUAUUAUGCCUAGUCCCCAAGGUGGUGAAAAUAUGUACACGAUCAUGAAACCAGUUCCUGGAGGAAACAUGCCUAAUACGAAAUAUUCUAUGAUCCAGGAUUUUUCAAUGAGUGGCGGACCUGAUUCCGGGCCGUUAGGUCCGAUGGCUCCUAAUUCAAUGGGCCCAGUAAUGAACGGAGAUGGUCUAGAUGGUAUGAAAAAUUCGCCUGCCAACGGAGGACCUGGUACGCCUCGCGAAGACAAUAGCGGUGGCAUGAACGAGUAUAAUUUAGGCGGUUUCGGUGGACCUUCGGAAAGCAAUUACAGUUAUUAAAUUGGGAACCGUGAUGGAAAAAUAAAUCACAGCCAGUAGCAUAGAGAAGACUAAAAGAGACGCCUUUAUAUAAAUUGUCGUUGGCCGUAAUCCGUAAUUUUCAUCCAAUUUUCACUAGAAUUACCUACCUAUUUCAUCCAUCGUGUAUAUGUCGUGCUCGCUCGCUCGGUUUGUAGAAUGAAUUUUUUCUCCACUAAUUUAAAAACUAACUUAGAUUUUUCUUCCAACUGCAACGAUAGGUAUUUAUAAUACAUUUAUAAAUAAUUAUUUUUUUUUCUUUUAUUUAUUUUUUUUGCAUUUUGCAUAAUUUUCAAGACGAUAUUACGUUUAUAAUGUUAAGAUACUAUAAAUCUUUUUCUUUUUCUUUUUUACCUAUUUCAUUCUCUGAAACGAUGACGUACGUAAUACUCGUAAUUGGUUUGUUGUAAUUUAUUUAAGAGGAAGAUAACGAGAAGUGACGAAGGAAUUAAUUUUAAUUUAGUUUUUAGUUUUCUUUUUUUUUUUCUACCGAUUUACUAAAUCGUUGGAAAGUCGAUAUUUAGGACUGGAAGAACAUUCGAGUGUUUGUACUAAUGAGAAAAUUGUGCUGUCUAGAGGGACUGGAAUUUAUCAGAGUGUCAUCGAGAUUUUAAAGAUUUCAUUCGUUGUUUAAACGAUUUUUUUCUUCGUUUUGAAAAUUUUAUUUGAUUAUUUUUUUGGUUUGUAAUUUAUCGAGGAAUUUGUCCGAGUUUCAUUCGAUUGUCUGAUUUGAUGUAAAAAAUAGGGUGCAAACUAAAUUUCAACUUUUUACUUCAAACGUUAGAAAAAUAUGGUUUCGACUUGGAGCUUGUGGAUUUUGAGAAAAAAAAGUGGAGUGUAAUCGGUUAAAAAAAAUGUACACAGAUUUUAUAGCAUUUUUUGAAAAACUCCGAUUUCCAAAACGUCUCCGAAGGUUCCAAAACGACUUGAAACCACCUCCAGUCAACUUAGUACGUUUAAGUGAAUUACGGUUUUCCAAUUUCGUUUGGGUGGAAAUUUCAAGUGUCAAAAAUCUGCUACGAGCCCUAGAACUCCGCAAAACGUUUCGAAACCGUUUCCAAUCGAUUUGGCGGGUCGAAAAUAGAGUUUAUUUCAAAUUUCUACGCUAAUUUGGUAAAAAUUUGAUUUUUUUUUCUCAUUUUUGACCCAAAUUUGAUUUUUGAAAAUUCACUGAAAAUCGAAAAAAGCUCUUCAGCACCUGGAAUUUUGGCUGUGUGAGGAGGGGGUUUAAAAAUUAGGAAUACAUUCUCAAAGGGUGAGGGUGCAUUUUAAGAGGGGGGAAGGAAGAGAAGGUGAAAUGUGAAGUGAAAAUUGGAAAUUGAUAAAUUCUAUUUUUAAAAAUGGCAUGUUUCAUCAAUUGUUGUUUUACCAACAUUCAAACAGCUCUGCAUUUUGAUUCGAAUUUUUUUGGCACCCUGUUGUAUCAUUUUCAUUUUCAAUGUUCAUUUAUUUAUGUAAAUUUCCAAAAGGAUGACGUUUGAUUAAUUAAAAGUGAAAAUUAUACACUAGUGAAAAAAAAAAUCAGAAAGUCUUUGAUCAGUAUUUCACGAAAAUUGGCCAAUGUUGAUUAAUUUGUGUCGGUUUAAUGCGAUUACGAUAGCGUGAGCAGGAGGGGAGGAUGGCUGUUCGUUCAUGAUCAGCACCUCAGCGAAAAAUGAUAGGAUAUGAUCAGAUUCGAACAUUUCCUGCAUCCAAUUUGAUCUGAUCAGACCUGACCAGAUCUGUUCAGAUGACAUCUAAAAGGAGAAAUCUGAUUGGAUCUAACCAGACCUGAUCAGAUCCGGACCGGAUAUUCCCUGGAUCAGAUUAGAUCUGUACAGACCUUUUUUUUUCAUUAUUUUUCAAACAAAAUAUUUAUUGAUUUAACUCAAUAGGAGAGACUUAAUUGGACCUGACCACAUCCUAUUAGACCUGAUCAGAUCCAAUCAUUUUCCGCUGGGAUGUUUCUUGUUCGUACACUUUGUUAUCAAAAAUUAUAUUUUUUUGUUUGGAGGAAACUAAUUAUUUGCAUAAGGAUGAAUACGCUAGAAAAAUUGAAUUGUGUCUGGUAGGAACUCGUCUAAUCAGGUUGGCACUGUUUGAAAACCAUGAAACGAGAAGUUUUUUCAUUAGUACGAGUAUGUAUGUAGAAAGUAGAAUUAAUAAUGGUGACAUUUUGAUGUGGAUUUUUUCUCUCUUACCUAAUUCUUCUCUCAAGUUCUUUCUGUCUCAGUUCGAAAAAUGCAUUCUUUAAAUUAAUUAAUAUUUUCGUAUAUAUUUUAAUUUUUUUUUCUUUUUUAGUUAAAUUAAAUCUCGUUAAUUUUACCUUUAUUUUCUGUGAUAAUUUUUUUGUUUUAUUUUAACGUAAGUCGUGCGUAGUUACGGAUGGAUUUUUCAAGUGAGAGUUUUAUAAAAUUGAUUUUAACGAACGGAUAUAUACUCGUAGGUUGACUUUUAUGUAUAGAAUCAAUUUUUAGACCUCUCGAUAAUUUUUGAAAAGAUCGAUGCUGCUUAUGAUCCAAAUCGUAAAUUGAAAAAUCGAUUUUCAAAAGAUCGAUUUUUGCGAAGAGAAACACGAUUUUGAUCAGUUUUUGCAAAAUGAAAAAAACAAAGAUGAAACAAUGCAAAACAAAUAAUUUUGAGCGUGAUCGAUCAUGUGGAAUCGAAAAUCGCAAAUGAAUCGAUUUUUGAAGUUCGAUUAAUUUAAUUUUGAUCGUGAUCAAUUUUUGAUCGAAAAGAAGUAUAUUUAUUUUGAAGGCGAGCUGAAAUUGAUUUUUCAUUUUUAAAAUUAUCGAUCAAGUGGAAUCGAAAAUUGAUCGAUUUUUGUGGUUCGAUUACUUGAAUUUUGAUCAUGAUCAGUUAUUGAUCGAAAAGAAGAAGUAUAUUUAUUUUGAAGGUUAAAAUUAUUGAUUUUUCAUUUCAAAAAUAAUCGAUCAUGUGAAAUCGAAAAUUGAAAAUUGAUCGAUUUUUGUGGUUCGAUUUUCGAUUAAUCAAAUUUUGAUCGAAAAGAAGAAGUUUAUUUAUUUUGAAGGCCAAGGCUGAAAUUUUUGAUUUUUCAUUUCAAAAUUAAUCGAUUGUGUGAAAUCGAUAAGAAAAUUAAUCGAUUUUUGUGGUUCGAUUUUCGAUUGUUUGAUCGUAAAGAAGAAGUACAUAUAUUUAUUUUGAAAGCCCAAGGCUGAAACUAUUGAUUUUUCAUUUCAAAAAUAAUCGAUCAUAUGAAAUCGAUAAUCGAAAAUUAAUCGAUUUUCGUGGUUCGAUAAAUCGAAUCAGGUUUUUAAUUUGAGAAAUAUAUUUUGAAAGUUGAAAUUGAUUUUUCAUUUUUCAAAUGAACGAUCAUGUAGGAUCGAAAACCUCAAAUGAAUCGAUUAACGAGAUUCGAUUAAUCGGUGCUUGAUCAUGAUCAAUUUUUAAUCGAGAGGUCUAUCACGGAUAAUUUAAUUACCGAAUCCAAUUUUUAAUCCAACUUGGGUCUGUUUGUGGAGGAAAUAAUUAGACUCUUGUUGGGGGAGAAAUAAUGUUUUUUUUUCUUCAAAAUACUCGUUUUUGUGAGAAUGUAUAUUAUGUUUGUCAUUUAAGCAAUCUACUAUUUUCAUAAUAAAUAAGGGAAAAUUUUACGGUGUUUGAUCAGUAUUGAAAUUAACACGUUGUUAAGUUAAUUUCUUAAUGAAAUGGAAAAAAAUAAUGUAACUUAGUCGCUGUGUAUAAAUGAUACGUACCUUCAUUGGUUGUAUAUUUUUCUUCGUUUUUAUCUUGUUUUUCUCGCUCCCAGUUUGGGAACUCAUAAUACUCAUAGAUUUUCUUUUUUAUUUGUCAAUUAAUUUUGCGAUAAUUUAUAAACGUGAAAAAAGGAGGAUUUUUUUUUUUGAUAGCGAGAGAGAAUAUUAUAAUAUUGCUGGUGUACAAUGAUCUGUGUGUAUAGAUGUCGUUUCAACCCCCUUUAACCUGGCAUUAAAUAAGUCUGUUUUUCUUUUCUUUUUUUUGUGAAAUAAAUUUGUAAAUUUUUUUAGAAGUAUUAAUUUCUAAGAUGUACGCGUGUAACAUGUUACUGUGUUUUUGCCUUGAUAAGUUUUUAUGUGUAUUACUGUUUAUUGCUCAGUGUUAUUUGUGAUGUUAAAUUGUGUUUUCAGUAUUUAUUACGAAUAAAUGUAUCAUUAUUUU